AUGGAUUGGAUUCCGAAUGGCGCAUCUGCUGCUCCUCCUGGCCAUAGCACCAAUCCGAUUGUGAUGCCACCUGGUGGGGCGCCUCUCAGCGACUACAACACACCAAACCUUCAAAGCAUGGCAUUUCCAACCCUGUUCCCACAUGGUGUUGGAGACGUAACAAGCGGAGACAGAUUGGUGAAAGUGAAAUUGAACCAAGCCAACAAACACUUACUUUGGUAUUGUCUGAACAAGGCGGAUCGCGGCCUUGCUCCUGAAGACGAUGGUCCAGAAUUCGUUUACCCUUUUGCUGAACUUCCCAAAUGGAUGUACUGA